CUUUGUAGCUGUUGGCGUUCACAAUACGACUAGCCAAUGGAUAGCCAAAAGCUUCACGUUGCCAUUCUCGCAAGCCCCGGUUUGGGUCAUCUCAUCCCUGUUCUUGUGCUGGGAAACAGGCUAGCAACCCAUCAUGCUGUUAAAGUUACAGUACUGGUCCUCACAACCAGCACUUCACCAGCAGAGUCUCAACUGCUCAAGCCCCCAUCCGGUCCAAAAGUAGUGGACACAAUUAACAUUCCCCCGGUGGACAUCUCUCACCUAAUUGAUGCCAACACUAGGGUGGUCACACAAUUAUGCAUCAUGGUACGUGAGUCUCUACCGGGUGUUCGGUCCACAAUCGCGGGCAUGAAGCACCGGCCGAACGUCCUAAUUGCGGACCUCUUCUGCACGGAAGCCUUUCCGAUUGCAACUGAAUUUAACAUUCCCAAGUAUUUGUACAUUCCCACCACUGCAUGGUUUACCGCAUUAACUUCGUAUUGCCCGGUGCUUCAUGAACAAAUAGAUGGUCAGUAUGUUGAUCAAAGUGAGCCGCUCCAAAUCCCCGGUUGCAAACCGGUCCGGCCGCAGGACGUGGUUGACCCCAUGCUAGACCGGAACGACCCGCAGUACAGGGAGUACUUGAGGCAAGCGAUGGAGUUCCAGCUGGGAGACGGGAUCUUGAUGAACACUUGGGAAGAGCUAGAGCCCGUAUCGCUUGAAGCGUUGAGGAGAAAUGAAUCUUUACGGGCAGUUGUGAAGCCACCGGUUUAUCCCAUCGGACCGCUAACAAGACCGAUCGAGCUGGCCGGUCCAAAGAGUGAGUUGAUCGAAUGGCUAGACAAGCAGCCACAUGAGUCGGUGAUAUUUGUCUGUUUCGGAAGCGGUGGCACUCUAUCAGCUCAGCAAAUUACAGAGCUAGCUUGGGGUUUGGAGUUGAGCCAACAGAGGUUUAUAUGGGUGGUUCGACCACCAGCAGAAAAUGGUGCGGAUGAGUCGUUUUUCACAUCGGGGAGCGCUUCUGAUGGCACCCCGGAUUAUUUACCAGAAGGGUUCCUCAGCCGAACGAAGAAGACGGGUUGGGUUGUACCCUUGUGGGCCCAACAACCGGAGAUCUUGAAUCAUCCGUCAGUUGGGGGAUUUCUGUCGCAUUGCGGAUGGAACUCAGCGGUAGAAUGCAUCAAAAGUGGUGUUCCAAUGAUUGCAUGGCCGCUUUAUGCGGAGCAAAGACUGAACGCCACCAUGCUAACGGAGGAACUCGGGAUAGCGGUCCGGCCGGAGAUUUUACCAGCUAAGAAAGUUGUGGACAGAGAAGAGAUUGAGAAAUUGGUGAGAACUGUGAUGGAGUACAAAGAAGGAAAGGUCAUGAGGGAUAAAGUUAAAAAACUGAAGAAUAGUGCUGAGAAUGCACUGAACAAGGGGGGAUCCUCUUACGAUACCAUGUGCAAUCUCCUGAGAGAUAUUCAGAUGAGGUUGAGGUUUUGAGAUCCAUGGUGUAAUGAAAUAGUUCUAAUGGUACAUGGUAAUGAACUGAUGAAAAUGAACUAAAUGUAGUGGUUGUACCCUUCGUGUCAAAUAAAAUGGUAACCAGGCAAUUUCCUUAUGUUUAUCUAC